GGGCAGCACGAGGAGGCCGGCACCAGGUUUGCCGGGGCCGUGCAAGUGUUGGGCUACUGCCCCGAGCUGUCCUACAACAUGGCGCUCUGCUACUACGCAGCCAAGCGGUACGCCCCCGCCCUCAAACACAUCUCCGACAUAAUCGAGCACGGCAUCCACCAACACCCGGAGCUCAGUGUGGGCACCAGCGCCGAGGGCACCGACGUCCGCAGCGUGGGCAACACUCUGCUGCUGCACCGCACCGCCCUGGUGGAGGCCUUCAACCUCAAGGCAGCCAUCGAGUACCAGCUGCGCAACCUGAAAGCGGCGCAGGAGGCGCUCACGGAUAUGCCGCCGAGGGCCGAGGAGGAGCUGGAUCCGGUCACGCUGCACAACCACGCGCUCAUGAACAUGGACAUCCAGCCCACUGAGGGCUUUGAGAAACUGCAGUUUCUUCUGCUGCAGAACCCCUGUCCGCCAGAAACGUUUGGGAACUUGCUGCUCCUCUAUUGCAAGCAUCAGUACUAUGACCUGGCAGCUGAUGUGCUGGCAGAGAAUGCCCACCUGACCUACAAACUGCUCACGCCUUACUUGUACAACUUCCUGGACGCCAUUAUUACUUGUCAAACUGCCCCUGAGGAGGCCUUCCACAAGUUAGAUGAUUUGGCAGGGGCGCUGACUGAGCAGCUGAGAAAACUCACAAAGCAGGUACAAGAAGCUAGGCAAAACUGGGAUGAUGAAGCUGUGAAAAAGGCAGUUAAUGAGUAUGAUGAGACUUUGGAUAAAUAUGUACCUGUCUUGAUGGCCCAGUCAAAGAUCUACUGGGACAUGAAGAACUACACAAUGGUAGAAAACAUCUUCCGCAAAUCGGUAGACUUCUGUAACGAACACGAGGUGUGGAAGCUCAAUGUGGCUCACGUGCUCUUCAUGCAAGAGAAGAAGUACAAAGAGGCAAUUGGCUUCUAUGAGCCCAUAGUUAAAAAACACUACGAUGACAUUCUCCACGUGAGUGCCAUUGUGCUGGCAAAUCUCUGCGUUUCCUACAUCCUGACAAGCCAGAAUGAAGAUGCGGAGGAGCUGAUGAGGAAGAUUGAGAAGGGGGAAGAGCAGCUGUCCUGUAAUAAUCCCGAUAAAAAUAUCUACCAUCUUUGCAUUGUCAAUCUAGUCAUCGGUACCCUCUACUGCGUGAAGGGAAACUAUGACUUUGGUAUUUCCAGGAUCAUUAAAAGCCUGGAGCCAUAUAACAAAAAACUGAGCACUGACACCUGGUAUUACGCCAAACGGUGUUUCCUCUCCUUGCUUGAGAACAUGUCCAAGCACAUGAUCAUGCUACGUGACAGCGUUAGUCAAGAGUGCAUUCAGUUUCUGAAGCAGUGUGAGCUGUAUGGAAGGAACAUCCCAGCUGUCAUCGAGCAACCCCUUGAGGAGAGGAGGAUGCACAGUGGGAAGAAUACUGUUACCUAUGAGGCCAGGCUUCUGAGAGCACUGAUGUACGAGAUCAUUGGGUGGACUGUGUAGAUGGUGUUCCUGCACAGCAGAAAAUAGAGCUUUGUGUCUGUUCUUUCCUUCUGCUUGUGCGGUGCUUA